GGAAGACCUAGCCAAGGGGCCCACUUUGCACGUGCCAUGGCCUGAUGCUGCGGCCUGCGCCAUGGUGAGCACUCCAGGUGAGACGCUGGGGCGCUUUGAAUUCGUUGCCGCAUGCGAGGCCUUGCUGGCGGACACGCCCGGCUGUGCGAGCAAAGCUGACCUGCACGAGCUCUUUGACGUGCUGGAUCCGCAGUGCACGGGCUACGUGAGCCAGCAGGAGUUCUCGCGGCUCCUGCAGGCAUACCAGGCGCCUCCGAGGGAGGAUGGCCAUGCCACCGCCUGCCGCUUGCUGGAGCGGCCAGAGCCGAGCGUGAGCCCCGUGGCCGGGCUCAGGGCCUGGAUGCUGCAGCAGGCCUGGAUCUUCCAGGACCUCGAGGCGCUGCUGGGGGGAGCCCGAGCAGAGUUGGAGUGGGAGGACUUUGUGGCGCGGCUGCUGGCGCGGGUCCGCACGCCUUGGCUCACCCGCCAGGGCGCUUCGGACAUCUUCAGCCAGCUCCAGGUGCGCGCCUCUGAUUCGCCCACGCGCGUGGUGGUGCGGGUGCCGGACCUGGUUCAGGUGCUCCUCGGCGCGGAGGACUUCGCCCUGGAGGCGGCGAAGCGGGUGCUGCGAGUGCUGGCACGGGAGGCGCGGCGCCGCGGCCAGGAUGUGGGCAAGCUGUGCUUGGCUGCAGAUACGAAGCGCGUGGGCAGCCUGGACCAUCAGCAGCUCAGCUCGGUCUUGUCCGCCUUGUGCCCAAAGAUGCUGGCCGAGGCGGACGUGGGCCUACUCUUCUGGCGCUUCUCCGGCGGGUCCCGCGGCUUCUCCUACGAGCAGCUGCAGGCGGCUUUGACCGAAGAGCAGCGCGCCGCGGCGGAGCACCUCUUGCUGCGGACCUGGCCGGUUCUCCAGCAGCAAGCAACCGCCUUCGAGGCAGCGGCCAAAGCCCAGGACACUAGCCGCAGCGGGUGCUUGAAUGCCACGCAGCUGCGGGCAGCAUUGAGUCAGAUAGAGGUGGGCGCAGGCGAAGACUUGGAGGACCUGGUGGCGCUGAUGGCCAAGGCCUGCGCCCAGGACGCCAAGAGUUUCAAGUACGCCGCGCUGGUGGCGGGCGGGCAGUGGAAGGGCCCCUCGGUGGAGGGGGCGGUGGCGAAGGUGUGUGGCGCGAAAGCGCCCGCCCCAGCCGCGACUUCCGACGGCGCGCCGCGCAGGCAUUUGCUAGCCAUCCUGUACUACAAGACUGCUGAAGCCAGCAAGAAGCUGGGCUUGUCGCUCCAGCGGGCCUUUGAAGGACUGGACCGAGGCAACAAGGGCUUUCUCAGCGCGGAGGACCUGCGGGGUGCCGUGCUGCAGGCGGUGGGCGGCGACGAGAGCCUUACCUUGAAGGAUCUUGGGCUGGCCCCGGGAACCAGGCUGACAGCAGCGGACUUCGAGCGACGCUUAGACUUCGACUUUGGGCCCCUGCGACAUGUCCAGGAGGUGUUUGCGGACCAGGCGGUGGUGAAGGAGUCGGACUUUGCCAGCCGCCUGCAGCAGCUUGGAGUGGACAAGGCGACUUCGCAGACCUGGCUUCAGCUGAUGUACCCCGCCGGGGUGCCGGCGGAGGGCGUGGGCCGCGGCGCCUGCGAGAUCUUCUUGGCGACCACGCCGGCGGUGAACCAGAAGCGUGCAGGCUCCAUGUCCAACGGCCCGGACCUGCGUGCAGAGCUCGUCAAGGAUGCUGAGGCGCUGGGUAUCGCUGGGCUGCCAAGAUGGGUGGCGCCGACCAGGGCCUUGGCGCUGCUGAAGCUGCGCAUGCCGGAGGACGCCGAGAGACACUUGCGCCUGGUGGCGGAGGCAUCCAGAAAGUACGCGCCGCCUGGGGAGGAGGUGAUCGUCGGGACCAGCCCGGGAAAGACGGAGGAGCCCCUGCGCUCCGAGACGCUGCUCCUUUGCGUGGAGCGUGCUCAGGCGGUGGAGCACCUGUUGGACGUGAGCUUCAGGUCUGUGAGCGGCUUCGCCGGCGCCGCGGAGGUCUUCUUGCGCUACAGCUGCCACGGCACCAGCUGCGUGGCGGAUGGCCCGGUGCAGGACCUGGACUUCAGCGCCAGCCACGUGUUCUGCCUCACCGCCUCGGAUGCGCUGGCCUGGCUCUUCCAUGACAAGGCCUUGACCAUCCAGGCCUGGGUGGCGGUGACCAAGGAGGACCAGCGCCGGCCGCUGGCGGUGGCGGUCUUGCCCGGCAAGGAGCUCCAGGACUUCCUGGCCUCCGCGCACGACGCGCGCCCGCGCCCGGAGCAGCUUUUGGGCUCCCAGAAGGCUUGGACGCUGCCCUUCAAGGCCAUCCCACCAAAGGACCCCAACGCCAAGAAGGUCCCGGUCGGCUGCACCAGCGGCAAUUUGGUCUUGACGCUGCACUACCGGCGCCGGCCCAUGCAGGACCCCUCGCGCUCGCCGUUGCCCUGGAGCUCCUCCUUUGCCGGGCGCUUGGUGUGCCGCCGCGGGGUGGCCAGCGCCAGUCUGGACGACCCGCAGGAGGCGCCCGGCCCAGCCCCAAAGCCGGCGCCGCCGCCGCCCCCGCCCCCGCCUCCGCCCCCACCGGGGAGCGUGGUGUUGCGGGUGCAGCUGACGCAGCUGCAGCUGAAGGCGGAGUCCUUGUCCGGGUUGGUGGCCUAUCAGGGCCCGGCCGGGAAGGUGAAGGGCCCGCAGGUCUUCGUGCGGUUCUGCCUCUGUGACAAGACGAAGCCGCCGCUGCCGGGCUGCGGCUCCUGGGUGGAGAGCUCCCUGGUGACGUGCCCCGACGCGCUGCUGGCGGGGGGCUGCGCCUCGCUGGACCUGGCCUUCGCGUGGAGCUCCCCGCCGCAGGAGGCCACGCAGGCGGUGGAGGCGCUCGUGGACGGCUUCGUGGCCCUGGAGCUGUGGCUGCGCCACGUGGCCGCGGACCUGCGCUUGGCCGAGGCGAAGUGGCGCCUGCAGCCGCUGCUGGAGGCCGCCGCCCUCCAGGACACGGUCGACCUGCGUUUGCGAACCUUGCGCCCGGCGGACCUGGAGCUGAGCUGCGCGGUGGGCGGGGAGCUGAAGGGCAGAGUCCAGCUGCAGCUGCCCAACGGCCCCGGCCUGGUGUCCUGGCAGCUUCUGCUGUGGCUCAGCCUCCGGACCUUGGCGCAAUAUGUGCUCCCCAUCUCCGAAGGUUUGGCGCAGCGCUUGCGCCUGGAUGUCGACCGAGGUCGGGAGACCGCCUUGGGAGCCAUCCCCAUCGCCAGCUUUCAGUCUACCCUGCAGGCGGAGCUGCGUAGUGCGGGCAGAGAUCUUCCGGCGGCCCUGUGGCAGCUGAUCGCGCAGCGGGAGGAGUGGCAGCAGCAAGGCCGCUUCGACUACUUCCGCUUCCUUUGGGACCUCCAGGCUGCCUGCGGCGACACGCCAGGCGAGCUGGCAGCGCCGCCGCCGCCGCCACCAGAGGCCCCGCCGCGAGAGGAGCCAAGCCUGGGGGUGGUGGCGCUGACAGUGCACCAGGCCUUCCACUUGCACAUCUCGCAUCCGGGCCGCGUCUUCGUGAGCUAUGCGUGGAGGUGUGCGAGUGGAAUGAGCAUCCCAAGUGCAGGCAGCACGCUAGGAGCUUCGCAGGUGUCCCUGGGCGCCUCGCCCAACUGGGGACACAUGGCCGAGCUGGGACUGCCGGAGGUCACCUCUGGGGAUGUGGCCAUCCCCUACCCGGAGGCGUUCCGCCAUCUCUACUUGGAGCUAUGGGUGUGGCAUGCGAGGGCAGAGGGCGAGGACCUCCUCGGCGUGUCCGCAAUCUCCUUGGCUCCCUUGAAGUCGGGCCUUGAUGUGGACGGCUACUUCCACGUGCUCGCAGAGGACGGCCCCGAAGCCUGCGACCCUCGGGGUCAGCUGCGCGUCACGGUGUCUCCGCUGUGGAUCGAGAGCCCCCGGCGUGCAGGCCCCCGGUUGCCGGCCUCGCCGGAGCCGGCGAUCCGCUCCAGCUGGCGGCCGAGGAGCCCAAGGCUCACCGAGAGGGCGAGCUUCGAGAGGCCCCUGCUGACGCUGGAUCCUCUGGCGGGCCUUCGCAGGGAGCCAAGCCUCAGCUGGCAGCGGCCUUGGGAGCCCCCGCUGCCGCAGACCUGGGGAUGCCCCCGGGGUUCAUCCACCAGCGGCAAUGCUGUUUCGCCAAUGAGCCCUUUGUCCGAGCAGCUCUGGCAGUUGGGCCUCCAGAAGGAGGUUCCGCCGGCGCCGGUGAAGGGCGUGGAGAGCGACGUGAGCGAGACGGCGCUGAAGGCCGCCUCCCGGCUGUCGGACACCGAGCUGCAGCUGCGGAGCUUGGCAGGCAGCGAGGAGGAGCAGCUGCAGCAGUUGAGGGCAAGGCACCAGCAGAACUUGGAGAGCCUGGGCCUGCUGCAGAGGUCCAUGCUGCUGCCAGAGGCUUCCCUGCAACCAGCCCCGGUGGCGCCAGCGGCGCCAGCAGCGCCAGCGGCGCCAGCGGCGCCAGCGCAGGCGGCUGGGCUGCUGACAAAGCCCUUGGAAGAGCUGAGGGCGGCCUUUGAGGCCACCCCAGAGGAGGCCUUGGCGCUGAGCGCCGGUCCCCUGCCGCCGGAGGCCAGGCCGCCGCCGCCGCCCUGCGCUUCCCUCGAGGCCGCUUCCUUCGCGGCGCUGGAAACCGCCGGGCCGCUGCCGCCGGCGGGCGGAGGUGCGAUGAUGGAUUUCAUCAGCAGCGGGAGGACCCGUCAGGAGCCUGACGAGCUUUCUGCUCGCGUGUGAGCAGGCUGCUGUGGAAGGUGAGCUGGUCCUUCUCAGAUUUGCUUGUUUCUUUGCACGAUGAACUUUGUGCAUUUGUCAACUCGGUUCUGAAGCAGACGGUGCCUGAGUCAAUGGAA